CCAGUCUUUCAGCAGAUCAAACUCUUUAUAAAGCUUGAAAAAUAUAAAACAUGGGAUUUGAGAAAAAUAAGAAAAGACCAAAGAACAGAAAAACAAAAACAAUACUUGUAUUUGAUGUUAAAGCCAGAGAAGAAUUCCUGACAGGAUUUAGGAAGAGAAAAAAUGAAAGAAGAAAGAAGGCUCAGGAUGAACGAAAAAGUCAAAUGAAGAUAGAUAAGAAAGAAUCAAAGCAGAGAAAAAGGGAACUGUUAAAAAAGAGUAUGGAAUACACAGGAAAAAGAAAAAAACAGAAUCCAGAAAUGGAUUUCAAAGAAUUUGCAAAACCAGAAGUUAUAGAUCUACCAGACCAUACAGUAACAAUCACUGACAUAUCUGAUAUAGACUUUGCUGGUCACAAUGGUCUUAGACUUGGUCAAAACAAGGAAAGUGAACAAGAAAUUGAAGAGGAAACAGAAGAAACAGGGGAGACAAAUGAGGAUGGAAAUAAAAAACCGUUAGACAAAAAAGGCAUUAAAGCAUUUUAUAGGAAAAAGUCAACGGAACAACAUAUGAGGAAAGUGUUUGGAAAACAUAAAGUCAACUAUACACAUGCACAGGACAAAAAAUUCAAAAUGAAACGUAGAACUGACUUUCCUAGAAAGAAAAUUAAAAAGAGAUGUAACUGAU